UAUAAAAAUUGCAAACCUCAGCCGACCAAUCUUCUUGCAGAGAAAGCAAUUUGUUCGACAAUGGCGAAGAGCGAUUCGUCCACCGACGCUGCUCGCCCAUGGCAGUCUUACCACACCGUUUACACCAACGCCAAGGCCGGUAUGGACGGAGUGGACAAGGAGAAAGUGCAGCGAGUAGUGUACAAAAUGAGCAAAGGAUCGAAGUACUUCGAGAACGAGGAGCGCAAAGAGGCCUUCAUAAGGCAGAAGAUUGAGAAUAUGCGUGCUCAGUGCGCGAAGCUCACUGCACCAGAUUUAUCUCACUACCAGAUGGUUGCAGAAAAAAGAAUUCUAGAGCUAGAAGCUACGCGAGACCUGUCAAGAGUUUGGGUACAUGUAGAUAUGGAUGCUUUUUACGCAGCUGUUGAAACGUUAAGCAAUCCUUUGUUAGAGGGAAAGCCCAUGGCCGUUGGCAGUGUGUCUAUGAUCUCCACCGCUAAUUAUGAGGCACGGAAAUUUGGGGUUCGUGCUGCAAUGCCUGGUUUCAUUGCUCGUAAAUUAUGUCCAGAGUUAAUUUUUGUUCCUACGGAUUUCAAGAAGUAUACUUAUUACAGUGAUUUAACGACAAAAGUUUUCCGGAAGUAUGAUCCUAAUUUCAUGGCUGCUAGUUUAGAUGAAGCCUACCUCGAUGUAACUGAGGUUUGUACAGAAAAGGGCACUAGUGGUGAAGAAGUUGCCAAAGAAAUCAGAAAUUGCGUAUUCGAAGAGACUGGUCUUACAUGUAGUGCUGGAAUUGCACCAAAUCGUCUACUUGCAAAGGUUUGCUCUGAUAUAAACAAGCCAAAUGGGCAGUUUGUUUUACCAAAUAAUCGGAUGGCUGUGAUGACAUUUAUAUCCUCACUUCCUAUACGAAAGAUAGGAGGCAUUGGUAAAGUCACUGAACAUAUUUUAAGGGAUGCUUUGGGAAUUAAUACAUCUGAGGAGAUCGUACAAAAGGGCAGUUAUAUCUGUGCGCUGUUUUCUCAUUCUACAUCAGAUUUUUUCCUUUCUGUGGGACUGGGGCUUGGAAGGACAGAUACCCCUGAAGUCAGGUUGCGAAAAAGUAUUAGCAGUGAGAGAACAUUUUCUGCCACAGGGGAUGAAACGUUGCUUUAUCGUAAAUUAGAGGAAAUUGCUGAAAUGUUGUCUACUGACAUGCAAAAAGAAGGUCUUUGUGGGAGAACACUGACUCUUAAAUUAAAAACUGCUGCUUUUGAGGUUCGAACAAGAGCUGUGACUUUGCAAAGAAACAUUUGCGCAAGUGCGGAUAUUUUAAAACACGCAUCAAAGCUGCUAAAGGCUGAACUUCCUAUUUCAUUAAGGCUGAUAGGGUUACGGGUGUCUCAGUUAAAUGAAGACGGGGGUGGUAUUCCAUCUGAUCCAACGCAAACGACUAUUACCAACUUCAUCAUAUCGAGAAAUACUUCUAGCCCUAGGAAAGAUAUGGAGGAGCAAAUAUCUUUUGGCCCAGAUGUUAGUGAUCACGACUUCAUGAAUGACGAAAAAUCUGAUUUUUCUAUUGGCUGUCACGAGACAAAUCAUACUCACAGAGAUCCGAUGGAUUGCAAUGAUUCAUCAGAACUGCAUGAUGAUAACCACACUGUUGGAAAUAGUGCUUGUGAAGUGGAGAAAUUUCAUAAGUCGUCAAGUGAUGUUUCAGCAAACAAGGUUGAGAGCAAUAUCCGGAAUAGAGUAAAUAACGAAAGUAACCACCUGGAGGGUGAGGCAGUUUCCUCUUCAUCCAAUCAAAGACAGCAAUUUUAUUGGGUGAAUGAUUACAAGUGUUCAAUAUGCGGGAUAGAAAUGCCGCCAGAUUUUGUUGAGGAAAGACGAGAGCACUCUGAUUUUCAUCUUGCUGAGAAGCUUCACGAGGAGGAAUCUCGCACCUGCUUUGGAACUUUGACGCUGAGACAGAGAGUUGUUAGGAAUGACCAAAUUGCGAGCCAAAGCCAAAGAAAGAAGCGCAAGUUGUCUCAGAGGGAAGGAAAACAUACACCCAUCGAUCAAUUCUUUGUUAAGAGCAAUCAAAACUUUUAGAAUUGUUUCUUGUAGUUGUAUUUAUUCUUGUCCUGUAUAUCGUUCUGUAUGUCAGCAAUUUUUCAGUCGUCAGUUAAUA